ACUUUUGUGGCGUUGGCUAGAUGACGAAACACAACAACGUUCAUGCGCCACCCGACCGACAUGCGGUUGAGUUUCUCCAACUUGGCGCUUUGCCUUCCCAGUUCCGUGCUUGCGAUUCCCGUAUUUCGAAUGAUUUGUGUUACACGUAGCACUUUAAUCCUCAUCGGCCAUGGAUCUAGCCCGUGCCGAUGCAAUGUUGAUUUAUGAGGAUCGUGAACGGGAGUUGGAGUCUCCAACCCACAUUGAAGGAAGUGAAGAUGAGGAUGCGCAACAGGAAUUGGAGGAAAUGUUGUAUAGUCGUGUAUACCAUGAGAGCUCCUCGACUGAUCUACCCCCUCCAGUGCCAGAAAAUUGUCCAAUUCUAAACGUCAAUAUUACAAGUGUGGAUGAUUCUGUGGCCAAAGUGGGAUUCAAAGCGGCUGAACUUUCGAUUACUUCUCCUGCUCCUCAAUCUUCCAAGAAUUGUAAUCGGAGCCAAUUCAACCACCCCUCAAGAACUACUCCUUCAAGAUACUAUGAUGUCAACCAAGAGGUUCACAACUCAAAACCAACUUUUGUCGCCCCCACCAACCCUAGCAGAAAUAGCAACUCAAAAAAAGUGAUGAAGAGAAAACAAAGUAAUACACCUUCUGGUUUGAGUAAUAAGCUCUUAGCAAGGUCAUCAAACGAAGAGUCGUACUUGCCCAAACCAACACCUGUUGUUAGAAGUAGCACUUCACCUCCUCUAAAUGUUUCGAAAGAUGAAGAAUUAUCAAGUCAAAUAACCCAGCAGAAUGAAAGUGAAUCAGCUGAACCCAAUGCAAAGCAAAGCCCAAUAACAACGUCUCCUCCAAGUUCCAAAUCAGCUGCAACUGAAAACUCACAAACUGAGACAAUACCAGUUACUCAUGUGGAUCAAAGUGAGGAAAGAAUUCCAAAGACAUCUGAGGGUGUACAGCUUCAAAAAGAUCCGCAGUUUACUCCAUCUAGAGUGUCCCAAAAAAGUAAACUGCCAACCUUUGAGGCCAAAGUUUCUAAAGUUCUUUCAUCUAUGCUGGAUGAAGAAAGUAGAUCAUCAGUGGAGGAAACCCAGUUGACUUCUUUGAGCUCAGCUCAAGAGUUAAAUUCUGGUUGGAGUGUUGGAAUGUCAUGGGCUGAUAUGUCAUCUAAAUACAGUUUUGGAGUGGACUCCAUCGAAGAGGAAAGUGUCAGUAGUCUUCAAUUGCAUGACACUUCUUUCAUUUCAGACAGCCGUACCAACACUCCAGAUGCUCAGACCCAACAUAUUAUUAAUGAUGAAGAUAAUAAUGUAAAUGAACAAGAAUCAGAGGAACCAUCCAUAUAUUCAAUGCAGCUCAAAGACCACAGAGACCAUAAAGACCAAGAGUCUCAUGUAAACACAUGUGACACUGACUCGGAGAGUGAAGUUGGUUCUAUUGUUGAAAUUGCUCCUCCAGUGAAGCCAACACCAGUUUUAGUUGAUAUAUCAGAUGGGGAAUAUGCGCCCACUAACGAUUCUUCACAAGUUGUGGAAAAUGUUAUUGAUAGCAGCUCUGAUGAUGAUGUUGUUGUUAUAAAUGUGAUUGACUCCUCCAAAACCAAAAAUACGUCUCCUCAGAAAGGACAUAAAAGACAGUCAAACACUCAAAUUGAUUCGCAUCCUGAAGAUGUAACACCACUCAAACGUUCGUCCUAUCAUGAAGAUAUAAUUGUAGAAGAGGAAAAUUUAGUUGAUGAUCAGAAGUCUCAACAAAAAUCUCUUCUGCCAGAUGUCGUAUCAGGAAAAAAACGGAACCGGUUAGACCGGUGGCUCCACAAUCCCAUAAAAGCGUCAAAGUAUCUGGACCAUCAGAAAUAUUUGGGAAAAAUGAGUGACAACCCGUCUUUGUGGCAACUGUGCAGAGCUGACAUAACAAAAAUGCAAUCUCCUCGAGGGCCAAAAUGUGUGAACUGCAAUGAGUUUGGUCAUAAGACUCACUUAUGUCGUUUGCCACGAAAAAUUAUUUCAUGCCAUAUGUGUGGUCAACCCGGGCAUUCUGAAACACGGUGCAAGGAGAAGAUGUGCUUACGGUGCGGCAAAAAGAACACCAUUUUUACUGAUAGAUGCAAAAGCUGUACCAGCAACUCCAUACUUUGUAAAAUUUGCAAAGCUCGCACGCAUACCUGGAAGACAUGUCCAGAUUUGUGGAGGCGUUACCAUUUAACGACUUCUGUUGGAGACAUUACACAACCAACUGCUGGAGAUGAUAGGCCCCGAUCUGAACAUUGGUGCUCUAACUGUGCAAAAAGAGGACAUCUCUCUCAUGAAUGCUAUCUACCACAUUGGAAGUGUGAAUCCAUUUCACCCUUUAUUAAAAGCUAUUCAAAUGUUUGUGUUGAAGAAACCAAAUUUGAAGGAUCCCAAUCAUUUUCAUUGAUGCUAACUGAUGAGGCAGCAUCACUGUUGAAUACCGAGGAAGGAAAGGAGCUUUUAAAAUCUCUUUCAGUGCAAUGUCAAGUAGAAAUCCACACAAGCUUUGACAUUACCUAUAAAAAACUGUCCAUGAAGGGCUCAACUUUGGCUAUAGAGGAGGUACGAUCAAGAGUGAUGAAUUGGACAUCACCCAAAGAAGUGUCCUCUCGGAAUGCAAGCCUUCCUCACAUGAUCGCAAGUGAAACACCCAACCAAACCGAAAGUGAAGCAUCCACUAAGAAUGCAAGCACUGUAUCAGCAAAUAUUGCUUGUGAAUCAUCCACCAACAAAAUAGGCGAAUCUGCUAUCAAGAAUGCAAGUGAAAACGAAGCAUCCAUCAAGAACAGUGAGGCAACAAACAACAGUGCAAGUGAAGCAUCUACAGACAAUUUAAGCCUUCCUGCAGGAGCGCCUUCCAAUCAAAUUGCAGAGACCCAAGGAGAGGCUGAUUUGCUAUACAAUACAGAAAAUCUUGAAGAGUCCUCCACUUCCUCUGAAACACCGUUUGAAACAACACCAACAACCAAACAAAAAUCUUACAAAGGAAAAGCUACCGGUGAAGUAUCAAAUAGUGAUCAUGCUGGAAUGACCAUUUGUGAUGCGUGGAAUCUGCCCCCAUCUUUACCUAAACAAUAUUCCCCUCUGCAAAGUCUCCUUGAGAAUGAAAUGAAAUUCAUUGAUUCUCCUAUUUAUUGCAAUGAAACUGUGAAGCAACUUUAUCAAAAGUUCGUAAAAUGUGCCAAGGGCACUAGUUCAUCAAAGAGAAAAGAUGCUCGCCAUUACUCAAGAAUCUUGUCAAUUAUACUGUUAGGAAAAUGUGGCUUUUGUGAUGGCUCGGAUCAUGUUGCUGCUCUCAAGCGGCUCAUUCAAAGUUUAAAAGAAAGGAAAGGGGCCAUUGGUAACCUAUAUAAACAAGUGCUUAAACAUUAUGCCCCAAUAUUUCAAGGUAUCCUAAGGUAUGAUUACAAAGCACUUGUACGGCAAUUUUAUUUAGAUGAAACUUUAGUGAAAAUGUUUGAUAGUAAGACAGAUGGAGCAUCUGACUCAAAUGAAGAAGCCAAAAACGCUUCUAGCCUAGAGAAGAUUUCCAUUGACAAGCCAGAGAUAAAUCUUCUAACUCCCAAGAAGAAACCAACUAAAAAACUUCCUAGAAUGCCCCUUCAUUCCUCUAAUAAGCUAAAAGCAGCAGAAAAGAGGAUCAAGAAAAUUGUGCCUUUUGUUGUAAAAAACUUGACUUCACGAUUUAUUUUUAGUCACGACCGAACCUCACUAGAAAGAAUGUAUGCUUCAUUUUGCAAACAGAAGGCAUGUAAAAAGGAAGAGAUCAUUGCAGAUAUGAAUCAAGUAAUUGAAAAAUUAUGCAAGUGUUACAAUAUCAAGUUGCCAACUAAAUAGUAAUGGUUUAGCCAUUAUCCAGGAAUUUUAACUAUUUCUUUUAGCACUUUGAUUUUGUGGAAUUCUUACAAAAUUUUUUUUCCUGUCUCAGCAUACAUUACUUCCUUACUUUUGCCCUUCUAAACAAGUCUACUUUUUGAGUAUAAAGUAAGUUUGCUUAAUUUUCCCCCUUUUUUUUCAAUGUAAUAACCUGUAUUUGGUUAAAAUUAUUUAUGAUCAUUUUAUCUGUGUUGUUGAUGGAGAUUGUGGAAUUCAUUAAGCUUUUGUGUUGGGCGAGAGUGCCUAUUUUGCAAAUUAACCACACAGAUAAAUUCUUCUUUCAAUGUUGUUGUGUUUUGUUUAUAAAGUUUAAUUAAUUAUCAUUUUCUUUCCUGAGUGAAGGAAAGUGUCAGUGAAAUAGUAAGUCAAAGAUGUGUUAAAAAUAAAUUGAACACAGGUAAUGUAGUGAAACUAGGUUUACUAUUUCCCUAGCAGUGUUGCAGUCUUCUUGCUUUAUUGGGUGAAUCGGGCUCGCUGUGUAAUCUUUUUUGGCAGUCCCUCUAACGGCCUGCCAAACUGGGUCUCCUCUGAAGGGUUGAUAAUAAAUUUGGUUACUUUGUUA